CUCUCUCUCUCUCUCCUCUUCUCUCCCUCCUCGCUCCUCUCCUCCACACGCACAAAACGCUCUGUCAUGGCGUCUUCCAACCAUGUUACCCCCACCAACUGUAGCUGGUGGCCCAUCUCAGCGAUGGACGAGGACGGCAAAAUCACAGACGGGGAGGAGUGCGAAGAGCCCACGGCGGAGCCCAAACCCUUCAAUAAAGACAGGCUCGUUUUGUACCACUGGACGCAGUCUUUCACCUCCCAAAAGGUACGUCUAGUCAUUAAUGAGAAGGGUCUGGUCUGUGAGGAGAGGGAUGUGAGCUUGCCGCUGCAGGAGCACAAGGAGCCCUGGUUCAUGAGGCUGAAUCUGGGUGAGGAGGUGCCCGUCUUCCUCCACGGAGACAACAUCAUCAGUGACUACAACCAGAUUAUAGAUUACCUGGAGAAAAACUUUGUGGGAGAGACGGUGGCUCAGCUGAUUCCUGAUGCAGAUUCGCCUCUCCACGAACGUGUGCAGCAGUACCGUCAGCUACUGGAUGGUCUGCCCAUGGACGCUUACACACACGGAUGCAUCCUCCAUCCAGAGCUCACCACAGACUCUAUGAUCCCAAAGUACGCCACCGCAGAAAUACGUAGACAUCUGGCCAAUGCUGCGACGGAGCUGAUGAAGUUGGAUCAUGAGGAGCCUCAGCUGACAGAACCGUACCUGUCCAAGCAGAAGAAGCUCAUGGCAAAAAUCUUGGACCACGAUAAUGUGAAUUACCUGAAGAAAAUUCUGGGAGAGUUAGCCAUGGUUCUAGAUCAAGUGGAGGCUGAACUGGAAAAAAGAAAACUAGAGUAUCAAGGUCAGAAAUGUGAGUUGUGGCUAUGUGGACCUGAAUUUACACUAGCUGAUGUCUGCCUCGGAGCCUUGUUGCACAGGCUCAAGUUCUUGGGACUUUCUAAGAAAUACUGGGAGGACGGCAGCCGACCCAACCUGCAGUCCUUUUUUGUGCGUGUGCAAAAACGCUACGCUUUCCGCAAGGUCUUGGGCGACAUCCACACGACCCUUCUGUCGGCGGUCCUACCCAACGCCUUCCGGAUGGUAAAAAAGAAGCCGCCGUCCUUCUUUGGGGCCUCUUUUCUCAUGGGCUCGCUGGGAGGGAUGGGCUACUUUGCCUACUGGUAUUUAAAAAAGAAAUACAUGUAGUGAAUGCCCUCUUGUUGUGUUAAAUGUCUGUGUAAUUGUGUGAUGUUUCAACUUUUCUGUAAUGUUUUAUGACUGCAGGAAAACAUAAUGAAUCUAUAUAGAGAACACUAUUACUUAUGGGUGAACAAAGAAUAUUAAAACAUUCCAUAAUAAGAAAUUCUUGACAGCACAUUUUCUGGUAAUCAAGGCCUUCAUCGAGUUUAAUUUGUGGUAACUCGCCGCUCUUGUGCCGGCGAGUCCUUGUUUAACUUUUGUUGGAGGCAUGCAUCGGGUCCACUUAUACUGAAAAAGUAGAGACCCAGAGAAAAUGUUAAACACAGUAACACCAACAGGGGUUAACUGACCUUCGCAUGCCACUAUUAUAGCCAUUACUCAUGCUCUUCACUCCUCCAUCAGCCUGAGGUUUAACCAGUAAAAACCACAGGGAAUUGUACAUGACAAA